GUUUAGGCUGAUUCGGUUUGUUUCAGGAGGUGUGCAAGUACGAAAGUACCCUUGUGUUUCCUUCAACCUCACCUGCAUGAGACGCCAAUUUUGGAAAAGACAGCCGCUGCCGCUCUCAAUUGUCGAAUACCGGAAAAAUAUCACAAAGGCACAGGAUAGGAUGGUAUCGGAUUCCGACCUGGUGACCCGCCUCCAUGAAAUCCUACGGGAGACGGACCUUGACACCGCCACUGCCGGCAGCGUCAGGAAGCAACUGGAGGAGGGUUUCGGCGUGGACUUAUCAGACCGGAAGGCGUUUGUCAGGGAGCAAAUCGACAUUUUCCUUCAAAGCCUAAAGAAUGAGCAAGAACAGGAAGUAGAAGAAUCUGAGUCUGAGGAGCAAAUUGCCAAACUUGAAGAGGAUGAAACCGCUGCCGUUAAAGAAGAGGAGGACAACGCCACCGUAAAGGAAGAAGAAGAAGAAGAGAGUAACGAAGAGGAAGAUGAAGAAGAAAGUGGGGCAAACAAGGUGGUUAAGGAAGUAAAGAGAAGAAGAGGUGGCUUUCACAUGCUGUGUAGCCUUUCUCCACAACUUCAGAAAAUUGUUGGAGCUUCUGCAUUGCCGAGAACUGAGGUAGUGAAAAAAAUCUGGGCAUAUAUACGGGGGAAGAAUUUGCAAGAUCCAAAGAAUAGACGAAAUAUAAUAUGUGAUGAAUCAUUGCAUGCCGUCUUUCGUGUAAAAACUAUUAAUAUGUUUCGAAUGAACAAAGACCUCUCCAAGCACAUCUGGCCUUUAAGCUCAGAGGAUGACUUGGACAAUCAAGGAGGAGGAGAAGAAGAAGAGGAAGAGGAAGGGGAAGGGGAGGAUGAUGAAGAAGAAAAGGAGAAAGAAGAAGAGGAGAAAGAAGAAGAAGAGGAGGAGCAAGAAGAAGAGGAAGAAGAGGAGGAGCAAGAAGAAGAGGAAGAACAGGAAGAAGAGGAGGAGCAAGAAGAAGAAGAAGAAGAAGGCAAUCCAGAAAGAAGCAAGAGUGAAGGGUCAUCCAAGGUUGUUAACAAUGUCAAGAAAAAAGGAGGUGGCUUCACUAAACUGUGUAGCCUUUCUCCACAGCUUCAGGCAUUUAUUGGAGAGCCUGAAUUGGCCAGAACUGAGGUUGUCAAGAGACUGUGGGCCUAUAUCCGAGAGAAGAGUUUACAAGAUCCAAAGAAUAAGAGAAAAAUAAUAUGCAAUGAAGAAUUGCAGGCUCUUUUCCGUGUAAAGUCUAUCAAUAUGUUUCAAAUGAAUAAAGCUCUCAGCAGACAUAUAUGGCCAUUGAGUGAGCAAGAUGCUCCAGCUAACUCAGGAAAAAUGAAAGGGCAGACCAAGCAAGAAAGAAAGCAAAGUCUUCAUGAGCCGAAGCUGAAAAAGCGACAGAAGACAGGAGGUUCUGGCUUUCUGGCCCCCCUUCCACUGUCAAAUGCACUAGUGAAAUUUUUUGGUACAGGUGAAAAUGCAUUAUCUCGUGGUGCUGUUGUAAAGAGAAUGUGGGACUACAUAAAGCAGAAUGAUCUGCAGGAUCCAUCCAAUAAAAGGAGAAUUUUAUGUGAUGAUAAGCUAAAGGAACUCUUUGACGUAGACUCCUUUAAUGGCUUCUCGGUCUCAAAGCUUCUGGCUGCUCAUUUCAUCAAGACAUAACAGUGAGUUCCUUUUCUGUAUAGAAACGAGCCCGUUAUUUGAGGGAUGUUUUGCUUGGAGAUCAAGUUAGUUUUUUCAUUGUAUCCAGUAAUUUUGUAUGAUACUAAAAUAUCUAAGGAAUGGAAGCAGAAUUUUGAGAAAUUAUUGAUUAGUGCUACUUGUACUUUCACAUAGCAUUGUAUGCUUUUGUUAGCCUUUCCUGUUUUACUUUUUGUUCUUCCUGUUUUACUUUUCUCGCCACUUUGGGUUUUUGAGAAGUUGCUCUUUCUGUUACUUCUUUUUCAACCCUUUGGGUCAAUUGAAGGGCAGGGCAGGAAGAAAAAGGUUCAGAGGGGGGAUUUACCUUCUUUACAUGAUUUGGACAGAGGGCACCACUUCAUAUUUUACGCGAACAACUGGAAAGUAGAAAGAUAAUAUGUGGCCAUCUAGAAAGCAGUUUUGUUGUGCAUUCUGGCCCUUUCAUGGACCAUUAAGGUCAAGAAAACUUUCAUAGCUUGUUUGAUCCAUCGAAUGGGCUUUAGUCACUUAGCAGAGCUAGAUGUAAUAACUUACAUCAUGAAUACAAUGUGACAGUGUUU